AAAUAUCACCCUGAAGAAAACAUUCAUUCAUUCAUUCAUUCGUUCACCAAUUUCGCUCCGCGUAAGCUGCAAACAAUGGCUUCUUCCGCCACUCUCAAACGAUGGCUCAGGCCCGAGGUCUACCCUUUGUUCGCAGCCGUCGGAGUGGCCGUUGGGAUUUGUGGAAUGCAAUUGUUCCGUAAUAUUUCUACUAAUCCUGAAGUCAGGGUAACUAAGGAAAACAGAGCGGCAGGUGUGUUGGAUAACUUUGCUGAAGGGGAGAAGUACGCAGAACAUGCUCUUCGGAAAUUCGUUCGUAACAAGUCUCCAGAGAUCAUGCCAUCCAUAAACAGCUUCUUCACCGACCCCAAAUAUUGAUUUGUUUAACGUCUAUUGAUUGUUUGGAAUAGUAUUACUAUUAACGAUGGAGACUGCACAUUUUGUCUUUGAUUGAGCACAAAAUAUUCAGAAAUUGGCUAGGCGAAUAAAUUUAAUAAAACUAUAUUGGAGGAUCAGUCUUUCUUUUAUAAAAAUUCAUUGAUU